CCCGGUCCCGUCCCUCCCCUCAGGGCCGGGGCACGGCGGGGAGGGAGGGAAGGAGGCAGGGAGGCGGCGGCGAUGGAGGAGCCGCUGUGCUGCUGCGAGUACGUGGAUCGGCGGGGCCGGCGGAACCACCUGGCGGCGUGCUGCUGCGACUGUCGGGAGCUGGACGAGGGCUGCGACAGGUGGCUGACCUGCAGGUCCCUGCCACCAGGAGCUCUGGACAGGAUCGCCGACGACGUUGCGGACCGCUGCCGCGUCCCUUGGUUCGCAGGGGCCGUGAAGAUCAACAUAAGCCUCGUGCCGCCGCUUGUGCUGCUGCCUGUCUUCCUCCACGUCGCGGCUCUGCACUUCCUGCUGGGACUGGUCAUCUUGACUUCGCUUCCCGUGGUGGUGCUGUGGUAUUACUACCUCACCCACAGGAGGAAGGAGCGGACUCUCUUCUUCUUGAGCCUGGGACUCUUCUCCUUGGGCUACAUGUACUAUGUCUUUCUCCAGGAGGUGGUUCCCCGAGGCCACGUGGGGCAUUCCCAAGUGGUGCUCCUCACCUCUGGGUUAGUUCUCAUGCUUGCAGCCUUGUCACGAGCCAAGAAAGACCCUGGCUACCUUCCCAUCCCAGCAGGCGAUGGCAAGUCAUUGCAUCAGGAUUUUCCCAACAAAAACCUUCGAGGGAGCUCCAAUGGGCUCCACGGAGUCACUACGGCAGGAGCUGCCAGUGGCCGUACUGUGAAUGGGGAGGCCAAAGGCUACUCCAGAGCCUCAGCUGAAGGGCCAGAAGGUGUGAGAAAGGACUGGUGUGCUAAAUGCCAGCUGGUCAGGCCAGCCCGAGCCGGGCACUGCCGGCUUUGUGGCAGGUGUGUGAGGAGACUGGAUCAUCACUGUGUCUGGAUUAACAGCUGUGUAGGGGAGCAGAACCACCAAGCAUUCAUCCUUGCGCUCUCCUUCUUCAUGCUCACCUCUGUGUAUGGGAUUACGCUGACCCUGGACACCGUCUGUAGGGGACGAACCCUGUUCGUGGCGUUGUUCUACUGCCCUGGGGCCUAUUCUGACUACAGCUCUGCUCUGUCGUUCACCUGUGUGUGGUACUGUGCCAUUGUAACAGCUGGCAUGGGAUACAUCCUCCUCAUCCAGCUGUUGAACAUCAGCUACAACGUGACCGAGAGGGAAGCUCGGCUGGCUCUGCGGGACAACACCGGGCGCAGGCUCCUGGGUGGGUUAGUGAUAGACACUGGCCAGUACAACAGGGGCUUUCUAUGCAACUGGGGCCAUUUCUUGAGUCUGGGGUCUCCCCCUCCACUGCGCUCUGCCGAAGACAUUGUCUGACAGCCUUUUUUCCUGCAGAUGACGUUGACUGACUUUCUUUAGCGGGGGAACAGCCCCUUCCCCUAGAACUCCCCCCUCCACGCCCUUCCUUCGUGGUCGGUGUAUGGGCUGCCCACCCUGUCACAGACAUCGGAGGCUUUCCCAGGCAGAAUGGUUCUUCGCGUGCCAUCAGUCAGCAGUAGGUUGCGGAAAGCAGUAAGCCAUAUGCACAAACCUGGAGAGCAGGAGCCUGCUGCCUUUUUGCAUUGUCGGAAGCUUCACGUGGCUCGGCUUGGCAGGAAGAAGAGCACAAGGUUUUGAGAACUUGGCUUUUUGUUAGGCGUGAACUCUGGCAUCAAGAGGAACCUGCUGCUGGACUUCAGCGUGCAUGCCGGUUCCUGCAAAGGUUAAGGAAUCCCUGGCUCAUACCUACAUGCAGCAUUUCGGAGAUGUCAGGAGGGUGAACUUUUAAUAUAGAUAACAUGUACCACUGCAGAAGCCAGGCUCCUUGGCUAAAAGAGACUGUCCAGGCAGUUGCUGAGCAGCUCCCUCCUCUCUGGCGUGUUUUUUUUCAUUUUCUAUUCCAUCCAGCUGUGCAUACAUGCUAGUGCUUGUAUUAAGUGCCUUUGUGAGCAACAUUCCUGUAGGGCUUUGUAAGAUCCUCUUGUCUCCUGCCCUGUCUGUCUGACUGGGUGAGAAGACACUGUCAUCUUGGAUCUCGUCAUUCUUUUUGUAAGCUGAGUUUUUGUUGGGUUGACGGCUCGUCUCAUCUCCCUCAAAGUGCUUCUGCUCUGAUCAUGGAUUCUGACGUGAGACAGCAGGUAAACAUACCAAAGAAGAAGGAGAUGUUUUGAAGCAACAUGUAACGGUGGAGUAUGAGGGGGGGAAAACAGACCGCUGCCUGAUGUUGCUGUUGCUGUACAGAAAUGACUCCUUCCUCCUUGAGAAGGAGGGAGUCUGCGGGAGCAUAGACUUCUGCUAGCUGUGGCUUUGGUAGGCAGUGUUUUGGUUGGGGUCGCUUAUAUCGCUAAUAAGCGAUCCAGUCUCCUCUCAGCCCAGUCAGUGGGAUCUGCCUCGGUGCCUGGCUUCUGCUUUCUCAGGCUGGGAAGCUGAGGAGCAGUUCAGUGUCUGUGCGUGUAGGGAGGUAGAGGGGGGUGUGAGAGCUGGCUGCCUUUGGGGCAGCUGACCCGUGGCAGCAGGUGAAUGAGCAUGCUGAACCUGUUCUGCAGGAAGGCCGUGUGUUCCUCAGCAGCCUGCGACUGUAUUAUUAUUACCCAGACUUGAGCUUCAGCUGCAGUCACAAGGCUUUGGUGAGGAUGGCUUCUAGUUUUGUGGGUGGGAUUUUUGGUGUUUGUUUUUAAAUCCUUUCUGCGUGCUGGCCCUGCAGAAAUGUCUGGCUGGUAAAGCCUGCGACUGUGGCACGAGAGCUGGAGCUUAGGCCUAAGAUUCAGAAGCAAUGGAAGAGCCUCGUCCUCGUUAGUUCCAGAUGCGUGUGCAGCUUGCACAGCUCAUGCUUCUGCUUGGGUGGCCAGCAGCUGGGGGGUGUUGCAAAUUCGGUGUGCACCACUACCUUUUCUCCUAAGACGACAGCAGAAUUAGAGCUGUCCCCAGAGAUCCCUGCCAUCUUUGUGUAUGCUCCUGAUUACGUGUCCCAGUUUAAGGUGAAGACCACGUCCCUCUUUGUGCUGUUCGCUUUCCUCGAGUGGCACCUGCACUUUUUAUACCCAUCAGAUAACUGAGGAGCAGCUGCACUUGGGAUGGACCUGUGCAGAAACAGCUACCCCUUUUCAGCCAGCAAGCAAUCCUGUAUGAGAUAAAGGGGACACCUCUCAUGCUUCCUGACUUACUGACCACACUAAGAGAUUUCUGACCAAUUCUGACCAAUUUCUGACCCCAUUGUGAAUUAAAGGCACUCAGCUGGACUGUGCUAUUCCUCUGGCAGCUAAGCAUGACCUUCUGACUGUUUGGAGCUGGAGCCUGACCCCAAGGAGUUUAGCUUUACACAAAAACCUCACCUCCGCACAAGUUGUUUAAGUGUUUCCAUGGCACACAUGCAUUUUGUGGAGCCUCCUGAGAUGAUCUGAAGCCUGGCAGCCCUAGAGACUGCCAUGCUGUGGGUUAGCAGAUUUGUGAUCUUCUCAGACCUCAUCCUGCUGGCUCUUGGGAAGACGAAGCCAGCGUUCCCACCUGGGCUAAACAACCCCCUGCCAUGGAGAUCAAUCACAUGUCCAUGAGCUGAGCAAGCUGUGCGAGUGCUCUCAGGUUUGAGAUGAGUGGAUUCUCAGUCCUGCUGCUCCGGCUGAGAGCUGGGCAGGUGACAGACGCGUUCCUCUGGCAGUGCCUGGCCCUGUAGUGCUCACUGUCCCACAGGUAUUUGUUAGCACUUUGCAGCCCGCGUGCCAUUAUGGCCUUGUCCCUUGCCUUUUGGUGAGCCCUGGCUUACACCAAGGCUGCUGCAGUGGCAUCGGCCGCGUGGACUUUCAAGCCCACUCCAAUAGUGGGGUAAAGUGCCAAAGUAAAAUUUAUUUUUUGCACUCCUUCCAGAGGGAGCCAGAACCGUUCAGGACAGUAAAAUGGUUGUGAGGCUGGGGUUUUGUGCAAGGAGAACUCGGUGCUGAGAUUCUCCAGUGAAUAGGAAGUUCAUGUCACUCUAAUCUGCAUAGCAGUGGUGACCCUUCCUUUAAGGACUUGGCUUUUGUCUUGUUUACCCUCCUGGCUUCUUCCUGAGAGGAUUUGCAUUGUGCUUUCCAUCUCCCAAGGCACGCACACAGUAACAUGAUCUAUCGCUGCCUGGAAGAGCGGAAGAGUUGCUAGCUGUGGAUGCACGCUCUGGAGCUCUCCUUUUAAUAGCCCUGAGAAGCAGCAAGAAGCCUUUGAAGGGUAACGCUCCCUUUUUCACUUGCAGCAAGGGCAGACUGUUGGGAUCCCUUGUGCACUAAGGGGCCUUUAUUUAUUUAUUUUAUUGCUGGGCUCAAUAUUGACCACUAAAAAAUUAAAACCUAGUGCAGCCUGGCAGGGCUGGAGGGUCAGGUCAGUCCUCGGGCUCCCUCUUUCCCACUACCCUGGGCAAGCAACUCGCAGGCCAGGUGCUUGGCCUGAAGGCAGGGACCAGUGCCUUGCCCAUAAAAGAGCAGGCACCUACCUAUGUGGCAAUAAGAAAACAGUGUGCUGCUGGCCCUUUCCAAGCUUUCCCCACGUAGGAAGAGAGGACCUAGAGUUGAUAAGAAGCAGGGAAGGAUUUGGGUGAUAUCUAGCCUCGAUGUUUCCCCACCUAGAUGUGGAGAUGAGUUUAUCCUGUUUUAGCCGUGACCUUGUGAGGCAUUUUUGUUCCACAAUCCGCGUGGUCUUCAGGGCGACUCUUGAAGGGCCAGGGUCUUGAUGUUGCUGCUGUUGUAGUGUUAAGCCCUCUGCGUGCAAAUACCAGCACCCAGUAGUUUGGUGACUGUGCUAAGAACUGCACCCCAUUAGAUACUGUGCAGCUGGUGGCUUUACACUGUGUGUGCUCUCUGAAACUGUGCUUCUUUGUAGACAAAUCGCAGCCCCCCCCCCCCCAAGACUGUUUUCUCCAUUAAACUUGUCCUCAAAUGACAAAAGUCACUCGUGAGCCUGAGUUGGUGCUGCUUGUGACUUCUAAUCACAUUUCAGCCUUCAUGCUAUGAUGGUGCUUUUUUUCUUCUAAGUAGGUUGCUUUCAAGUGUCUCGAUGAAACCAUUUGCUGUAAAAAAUUUCUUCUAGAGGUAAAAUGGAUACUGCCUCACUGCCUAAUGUCUUAAUAAUGUGCUCGACUUUCUCCUUCUUAUAUGAAUGUAUAUUGCCUCAUUAGGGCAGGAAGCGUGUGUGAUUAUGGAUGUGUUUUCCUAUAUUGCUUUCAGCGAAGAAUUCCACGUUUUCCCAGGAUUUUCUUCCACUGCCAGGAUGUUUGUACAGUGAAACUCUUUCUCUGGACAGGUGAGGUUCUUUCUGAAGUGUGGGAAAUCAGCCUCCCAAAAUCUUUCUUUAUGGAACUGCUUUUAAUGAUAACAUGGAAAAUGAAUGACAGGCUCUGGAAGAACUGUCUGCCUUGGGGAGUGGGGUGUGUGUUCUCCCACCCUAGCCAAAGCUUUAGGAGGAAACUUCAUGCAACAUUUGUGAGCUUUGUUGAACGGACUGGUGUGUGUAUGUGUGUGUGUCCAGUUUACAUCUUAUCCAAUGUUUUCAAAUGGAUGCAAUUAUGAAUCAAAAUAAAUGAUUGGAAAUCA